AUCUCAAGGCGCACGCAUCUGCUGAGCGCAGUGUACGCGCGCAGUCCGACCCCGGCGCUGCCUUUGGUUGACUUUAUUCCUCUAAAGUCAGUUGUUGUGUUUUUUUUAGCCGUGUCACUUUUUCGCGCGGGUCUGUUUCCACGAAAGAAAAGAAUUGCGACGCCACUUCUUCUUCAAAUGGGAAUUACAUCCGCGCGUAAAACUUUGGCACACUUUUUUUUCGCUCGGUGAAUUUCGGAGUCCGUUUUCCUGGAAACAUGCCGCCGGAACGAAUAAGCAUUUCGGAUUUUGUGGUGCUGACAAACGAGGAUUUGUCUACGCCCGGAACCUCCAGCUUCCAGUCCAAGAUUGUUAACUGCAAGAACACCGUUUCAGCCGUGGAGGAGUGUCUGGAGAUGGACAUCUCAACUCUGCAGAGGAUGAAGAAAACAAUUAAGGCGAUACACACGUCUGGACUGUCACACGUGGAAAACAAAGAGCAGUAUAUUGAGGUGAUGGAGAACUUGGGGAACAGCCACCUGAGCCAGGACAACAAUGAAAUCUCCACAGGCUUCCUCAACCUGGCCGUUUUCACCAGAGAGGUCACCGCCCUCUUCAAGAACCUGGUACAAAACCUCAACAACAUCCUGGCGUUUCCUCUGGAAAAUGUACUGAAGUCUGAACUCCGGGACAGCAGAUUGGAACUCAAGAAACACAUGGAGAAGAGUUGGAAGGAUUACGACAUAAAAGUGGGGAAGCUGGAAAAGGAAAGGAGGGAGAAAGCGCGGCAGCCGGGGUUAAUCAGAAGGGAGGGAUCAGAUGGAGGGGAGGACAUGGAGAGGGAGAGGAGGAUCUUCCAGCUGCAGAUGUGUGAGUAUCUGCUGAAGAUCCAGGAGCUGAAGGCGCGUCAGGGACCUGAUCUCCUGCAAAGCCUCAUCAAAUACUUCCAGGCCCAGCUCAGUUUUUUUCAGGAUGGGCUGAAAGCUGCAGAGAAUCUCGCACCGUUUAUUGAGAAACUUGCUUCCUCCAUUCAUACGAUGCGACUGGAGCAGGACGAGGAGGCAAAAAAGCUCCUUCAGCUGAGGGAUUCUCUCCGGUUACUUCUGCAGGUUGAGGGCAAAGAGGAGUACCUGAACCGCAAGAACUCUGGCAACGGCUACAGCAUCCACCAACCACAGGGAAACAAGAAAUACGGGACAGAGAAGUCUGGCUUCCUCCAAAAGAAGAGCGACGGGAUCCGGAAGGUUUGGCAAAGGAGGAAAUGUGGAGUCAAAUUCGGAUACUUGACCAUUUCCCACAGCACGAUCAAUCGACCACCGGCCAAACUCAACCUUCUGACCUGUCAGGUGCGGCCCAACCCGGAAGACAGGAGGACCUUUGAUUUGAUCACUCAUAACCGGACGUAUCAUUUCCAGGCAGAUGACGAGCAGGAAUGUCUGAUCUGGGUGUCGGUGCUGCAGAACAGCAAAGAGCAGGCCCUGAACACAGCGCUGGGAGGAGACCAGCUCCACGUCAAGGACAGCGGGCUGCAGGAACUCGCCCAGUCCAUCAUCUCGGAUCUGCGCCACAUGCCAGGCAACGAGGCGUGUGCAGACUGUGGCGCCCCAGACCCAACAUGGCUGUCCACCAACUUGGGCAUCCUUACGUGCAUCGAAUGCUCCGGUAUCCACAGAGAUCUAGGAGUCCAUUACUCCAGGAUUCAGUCGCUCAAUCUGGACCUGCUCAGCACCUCAGAACUGCUGUUGGCCAUCAGCAUCGGCAACACCAGAUUCAACGACAUCAUGGAGGCCGGGCUCCCAAAUGACUCUGUCAAACCCUUGCCGCAGAGUGACAUGAAUGCCAGGAAGGAGUACAUUGUGGCAAAGUACGCCGAGCGUCGGUACGUCCUCCGCAGGGAAGAGUCGGAUCCGGGUCGCCUGUACGACGCAGUGAGGAGCCGCGACCUCGUUUCGCUGCUGCAGCUCUACGCCGAGGGAACGGACCUGGCCAAGCCACUGGCACUCCCCGAGGGGCAGGGGAUCAAAGAGACGGCACUUCACCUCUCCGUACGUCUGGAGGAGAGGACCUCUCUGGCGCUGGUGGAUUUCCUCUGUCAGAACAGCAACUGUCUGGAGAAGAAAACCACAGAAGGAAACACGGCCCUUCACUACAGCGUCCUGCAUCACAAACCCGAAUCACUCAAGCUUCUGCUCAAAGCAAAGGCUUCUAUUCACACAGUGAAUUCAAACGGCGAAACGGCUCUAGACAUUGCAAAAAGGCUGCAGCACACACAUUGCAUCGAGCUGUUGGAGCUGGCCCAAAGUGGGAAGUUCAACUCUCAGAUCCACGUGGAGUACGUGUGGGAGACUCAGUCUCAGGAGUUCUAUGAUAGCGAGGAUGACCUGGACGAGAGAGUGAGUCCCUUACCCAAAAACCGCUCUCCUCCAUCAAACGGAGCUGGUGGAUCUUCCUUUGCCCAAUGGACAGGUAGCAAUGGUUCAAGCUUGGGCGCUAGGCCCUGUCAGACUUAUGAGAAUCUGGAUUUCCUGUACAAAAAUCCUCCCGCCAACAGCGCCCCCGCUGGAGCGUCCAUGCCACCACCGCUGCCAGCCAAGUCAGUCCAAAGAGGCCGUUCAGAAUCCCAGAGCUCACUCCCAACCAAUCAGGAUGGAGCACAUAUCCCACGGCGCUCCUCCAACCCGUCGGCCCACUCCUCCAGUUCUCAGACACAAGCGAAAUAUGGCUUCUCUUCGUCAAAUGCAGAAGGUCAGAGUGCGAGACCCCCACGGUCCCCACAUGGACAGGGAAGUCUGCAAAGAAGUCACAGGCAGACCUGGGACGGCCAGCCGGGCUUUGGCUCUGGCUCUCAAAGCUUCACACAGACCUCCAGUCAGAGUCACGACGGGCCUGUCAGUUCAGAGAAGACCACAUCAUAUCGCCGCACCAGCAAUGGAAGCAGCCACGGGAAGCCUGGCGCUGCCUCUCUGAGCUGUGUGGGCAGCCAGGAGGAGCUGUACUGCAGCUUAGCGGGGAACGCCAACGGCUCGGCUCCUCCUCCGGCCCCUUCGUCCUCGCCCACUGUGACCUGCGGCCCUCGUUCUCGCAGGAACGCCAUGGUUUCUGUCAGCAGGCCACAGAAGCGCGUCAAAGCGCUGGUGGACUGCCGGGCGGUCAGCUCCGACCAGCUCGCUUUCUUCAAAGACGAAGUCAUUGUGGUCACGGCCACCAAUGACCCCCACUGGUGGGUCGGCCACAUAGAGGGUACCCCAUCAAGGAGCGGGACCUUUCCUGUCAACUAUGUGCACAAACUAACAGACUGACGUUGGCUGGCACAUCGGACUUCUUCAGUCCAUGUAGGAGUGGAGACAGACUGUAUGGAUUCACAGCAUCUGGAGAUAUUAAUCAAACCUUUGGGGCUGCAGACACAUAAACUGCCUGUGCUGAUGGAAGAAAAAUGUCCCAGCGGGACAAAAACCUCUUGGAGAGGCACUUUAAAAUUCAGAGGAAUCCUCCGAAGAGUCGGGAGGGCUGUAAAUGUUUAAUUAGCCAGCUGCUGAGCUCUGGCUUAGCUGCUUCGCUUCCCUCUGAACGCAAGAUGACGAGUAUUUUAAAUCACAGGGUAAUGAGAUCUGUGAGGCUCAGACCCACUCGGCGUCUGCCACAGACCGGCCAGGACUGAGCCGGCCAGUCUGUCUCCGGUGAAACGUCGAUUCGUCUGCGCAGCCCGACGAGAGACCUGAAACUUUGGGGUCAGCCGCCGUGAAUCCGGGCUCAGGCGUGCUGCGGACACGGUGCAGGAUCCAGUUUCUGCUGCCUGCAGGCGUCACGUCUCCAGAGAACCAGGAAUAACAGCUGUGUGUCGGAGCAGAAAA